CGUCUGCAAACUUGAUCUAGCAUCUGGCAACACUGGUCGCAUAUAUAUAAAGUAAAAUAAAUGAAAUUAAACAGAUUUUUUUAGAUAAACCGGGUGCUGACAAGUCUAGAUGAGUAACAUUAGGGAAACGAUGUUCCCAUUGCAUCCAAAAAUUGAUGCCGAACUAGCUCGUGCAUUUAAUGCCAAUGAUGCAGACGAAGAGAGACAUCACAUUCGGAAGGUUCAAAGCGCCUUCCUCUACUAUGGGACGUAUGCCAGCAUAAGGCUAAAUAAGUCAUUGGAUUACCUGAAUAGCCUCUCCAUUGAUGAUCAGCGCUUGUUAUCCAAAUAUCGGAUGCACUUGGACUGUGUCCGUACUUCCAUUGAACGCAAUCAAGCGGUAAUUAAGGAAAUCCUUCGCGAACGCGUGCUUUAUCCCUCAGGCGAUGCCAGUGAUCCCAGUGAUGAUGAGGAUGAACCGCCUGCCCACGUGCGUCACGGCGAUAUGGAUCAGAAUAUUGUUAUACUUGAUGAUGAUGAUCUUGCUGAUGUAGAACCUCUAAAAAUUUUAAAGGCCCAAUCAACAUUGAAGUUAAUCGCACGCGACUGGAGCGCUGAUGGAGCUUUGGAGCGUGAGCAAUCGUAUAAGCCAAUCAUUGACAGCAUUGUGGAGUACUACAAACCGAGUGACUACGCACUUAAUGAGAUAAAGAUUUUGGUGCCAGGAGCCGGUCUGGGUAGGCUGACCUAUGAACUGGCUUGUUUGGGUUACUCGUGUGAGGGCAACGAGUUCUCCUACUUUAUGCUUAUUGCCUCCAAUUUCGUUUUAAAUCUCUGUGACUAUGAGAACAAAUAUGUUCUAUAUCCUUGGGUUCAUCAAUAUGUUAAUAUAUUGAAACGUGAAGAUCAAGUUGCUGCCGUGCGCUUUCCAGAUGUAUGUCCUUUAAAGAAUCCACCCAAGGGUAAUAUUGAGAUGGCUGCCGGUGAUUUCUUAGAGGUUUAUAAAACACCGCAAUCCUACAAUUGUGUGGCCACAUGCUUUUUUAUUGAUUGUGCCAACAAUGUGAUCGAUUUUAUACGCACCAUAUAUAGAAUUCUCGUUCCGGGAGGCAUUUGGGUUAAUUUGGGACCACUUCUCUACCACUAUAGCGAUGUCAAUGGUCAGAAUAGCAUUGAACCGACCUACGAGGACUUGCUAAUCAUAAUGGAGAGUGUCGGUUUCGUCAUCGAAUCCACUCGUACAGGCAUUCAUACCAAAUAUGCGCAAAAUCCAUCAUCGAUGAAGCAAAGCGAAUAUCAGAGCUUAUUCUGGGUUUGCCGCAAACCAGAUCCCAUGGAUCAGCAAAGAGGCAAGCAAUCCCAGAUAUCAAGGGAGCCACGUGAUCUCAUUGUGCACGCUGACAGCGUCGAGGAUAUGCAGGAGGAUGACUAUCCGGAUCCAGAAUCUAUAGCUGAGCCCAAGCUUAUAGACGAUUUGCUGACUGAAACUGAAGGGUCGGGGGGUUUAGCCAAGCAAACGUGACAUUAUGACAUAUGAAUUGGAAUCAUCAUCACAGCCCAAGAAAACAACAAUCCCAAAAAUAUCCAACUUAACCCACCUACAGAUGCCAUUAUUAAAGGGCACAUUGGAUAUAGACCAUUACAAAUUUUGGUGAUUUUCGAGAAUUAUUUUUUUUAAAACGUACUGAAUAAAAUUUUUCGAAAUUAUUGCCACAUAUUUGGCUAUAUCUAAAAAAAAAAAAACAAAAAACAGAAAAAAUACAUAAAUUUGUUGUUAAAUUAGAAAUAUAUCUCCAAAUGACCAAAUGGCAUAAGUUGUUGUGAAGUAGUAAUAAUUACACAAAUAAAACAACGUUUAUAUAUAUCUCUAUAUAUACAAAAUACAUACAUAUAUAAAUAUA